AUGGGGAACAAGUCCUCUUCAGCUGCCCCUGGCACAUCCGAGCCGAAGCCCUCUGUUGACGUGCCUACUAACGCUGGUUCGGAGCGAGAAGCAAGUUCAACUGCUUACGGUCCCCCCUAUCCUCUUCAUAUUCCACUUCCUGCUGACUUGAGCCACCCAGACGCCGAUGUCAGUAAACACGUUCCCAUCCUACUCAAAAUCUUCCCCGAGACGACGGAAGUGUCCAAUUGCUUCAUACAUCUUCACUUCUCGCCAUUCACCAUCACUGAUGAGCAAGGCACGGGAAAGCUGUUCAUCUUUCCCUUGCCAGGAACGGGAAAUACCUCCUUUCAUCUUCGUCCCGAUAUUGGGGGAUCUGUCGGCUCCAUGGAGUCUGGAAACUUUGCAGAACUCGCAGAGACGAUACACCGCGAAAUGGUUGAUCGCUUCCCCGACCUGAAUGUCGUGGAAUACAUUGGCGAUACCAGUAAUGGAGCGGUCCGGAUUGUACUGGCAGAUGAUGUGAAUCCGGCCCAGUUUAAUGGGCGAUUGCCCGGCCGAAUUGCCAACCGCUGGGGCUUCUAUGUAUUCGAGAAGGACCUUCACCUUGUUGAGGCAGCGCGUCGUGAAGGCUCGCCUGAUGCCCAGACGGACUACAUUGACGCUGCUGAUGUCUCAACAGACGCUGAUGGUCACUUCGCCAACGAGACCUUGCCACAAGAUACGGUGCGCCCCAACAGUCCUCUUGGCGACGCAGGCGAUGAGGAGUUGAAGAUCAUGGAGAGCGGUUAUCUCAGCACAUCUUCCACAAGCACGCGACCACUGGAAGGUUUGAGAAUAGCAACCAGCUGGAAGCCAACUCAAAACGGCUCGAGUCCGCAUCAUGACCUCAAAGGCGAGGUUUAUGACUGGUGGUGGCUAGGCCAGGAGUUCGCUGGUGACGCUGGUGACCCGAAGGCUGCGGUCCCCGGCGCAUAUGGUUCCCCGAUAGUGAACAAGCAUGGCCGUGCUGUAGGAUUCUUGCAAUGGCACUGCGUAGAGGGGAAGUGGUCUAGACUACACGGUGCUAUUUCAGCCAGACAGUAUACAUUGGGGGGACGGAGGCUAUCAGCCCCGGAGCCUACUAAAGCCCCUGGGCUGAUGUGA